UCGGCUUUGUUUUGCAAACGUUUUGUGUGGUGAGCGUGCAAAUUGUUUACCGCCUAUAAUUUUAAUAAAAGUUAAUAUUCCUUAAAAAAGUUAAUAAAAUAAAUUAAACAACAUGUCUGCUGCUAUGCCAAUUAACCCCAAACCAUUCCUUAAUGGUCUCACCGGUAAGGCAGUGAUAAUUAAACUAAAAUGGGGCCAUGAAUAUAAAGGUUACCUGGUGUCUGUCGACGGCUACAUGAACAUGCAAUUGGCCAAUACAGAAGAACACAUUGACGGUCAAGUUACUGGCAACUUGGGUGAAGUUCUAAUACGUUGCAACAACGUUUUGUAUAUUAAGGGUGUUGAUGAUGAAGACGAGGAAGGAGAAAUGAGAGACUAACAUUUACAAACUUAUAAUUUGUAGUCGAAAAAUGAGAAGCAAAAUAAUUUGUAUUCAAAUCAAUCAAGUAAUCUAUUAAAAACAUUAAACAAUUGGUUGACAAAAAUCGUUUUCAAAAUACAUAAUUUCAAGAA